UCAAUGGUUGAUCAUUUCUGCGGUGGUGGUUGUGCGUGCGAUUUGUUUUGAAACGGAAUGCCAUUAUCAUAAUUCAUAGUUAAUUUAUCAUUUACGUUGAAUUUUUUACGUUUGGCCUAUUAUUACCCAUUUUAGAUUUAGGACGUCCGUCAAAUAAUAUUCGUACUAUCACGUCGUGUAAUCAUCAUCGUCGUACUUUAGUUUUAGCGGACGGAAAUUUUGACCGUCAUCAGUAUUUUCGUUCGUAAGUUGGGUCUGGUUUUUUUUUAAUUUAUAUUAUUUUAUUAUCUUCGUACUAUUUUAUUCUGCCGGUUUCGUUACGUCAUCGAUUGUGUCGUGGUAACAUCCGUACGCAAAACCAAGGCCGCCGAGAUCUUCCGUCCCGCAUUAAUCGGGUUUAAAAUUUCAAGUAACCCGCUCAUUCACGGUUGUUGUAAAGGGCGGGCGUCGUCGUUGUCGUCAAUUUAUCGUUGAUACUAAUAUAACAACAACAGCAUACGGACAAUGGUUGACACUGCCGAAGCUACUAGACGAUUAAAUGUCAAGAAACAAACGUUAGACGACGCGUACGCGGCGCCUGCGAAUUUCUUGGAAAUCGACAUUCUUAACCCAAUUACACACGGAGUGGCCAAGAAACGAUAUACCGACUACGAAGUUCGCAUGAGAGUAAGUACCUACCUAUACGUAUGUAUAAAAGAAUGACCCCUAAUACCAACGGGUACUGAAUACAGCUUGUGUCAUUUGUGCGUGACAAUCUUUUAAUAAUUGUUUUCAGACAAACUUGCCAGUGUUUAAGGUGAAAGAAUCUAGUGUCCGUAGACGUUAUAGUGACUUUGAGUGGUUACGCAAUGAGCUAGAAAGAGACAGUAAGGUAAAGCACAUUCCAUUUUAAUAUUAAAUACCUACUACAUACUACUAUCUUAGAUAUAUUCACUGUCAAAUUUACAUUUGAAAUUAAAAGUAUAAACAAAUUUAUUCUUCAAUUUUGUAAGUUUCCUAAACAUAAUAUUGUGUAUCUGAUUUUAUACAGAUUAUUAAGAUUAUCUCAAUUAUUCAACUACCUCCCUAUUUUUUUUUUCUUUAACACCAAAUACCUAGAUUUAAUUUACUUAUUGUCCUUUUAAUAAUUCCAACAAAAUAUAUGAGCUUAGUCAUGAAUAGAGUUAUUCUUUUGAUAAAUUUCUAACACCUUGAUACAAUUAAAAAUAUUAAAUUGAUGUAAUUCACAUUUUUCAGAUACUCUGAUAUGUAUGUAUUAUAGGUAGCUAUUAAUUCAAUAGUAAGUUUUUAAAUAAUUUAAUUGAACCAACAACAUAUAGGUAUUUUUAUUAGAACUAUUUUAUAAUAAACUUGAUUCGGCUGAAGUAUGGCUUUUAAGUAAGAAAAAAAUGUCAAACUAUUGAUAAACCUUUCAUAUUUUUGUUUGUAUACCGUUCUAGAACCUCCACUGAUCAGAUUUUCGAUUUUCCUAUUUUCAAACCGAUUUUCACAGACAUUGUGGAUUUUUCUUUAUAUUUUAUAAAGAAUUUAUAAAUUGGUGGCCCUAAAAAGGGCUGUUUUAAUAGGGUUCUUCCUGUAAAGAACAGUUUUUAGUACAACAUUUGUUUUAUCGGUUUGUAAUUAAUAUCAAAUUUUUAAUAGAAGAUACCUACACAUUUUAUGUAAUUUUCACAAUGGAAUUAUUAAAUAGUACCAAAUAACAUAGAAUAAUUUGAAUUAUCUACAUUAUGUUUUAUACAAUAACUGACUCUUCACGUUUACACUCAUUCAUAUAUAGGUAAUUGAUAAAAAACAAAAAGUCGUAUUUUCACAAAUAAUAAUAGGUACCUACAAAUAUAUAAUUUCAUAUCAAAAUAUAAAAAAAAAAUAUAUGUACGAGUGCGUACUGACUAAAAAUGGAAAUUUUCUAGGACUAGUAUACAAACAAAAUAUCUAUGGAACAUUUUUCAAUAUUUUUAUAUUUUUUCUCAGACCCAAAAGCUAUAUUUCACCACAAGAAAGAUAACAAACUGUACAAUAACAGAUGAGUUAUUCAUUAUACAUAAACAUUAACAUUUAUAAUAUAGUUUAUUUAUAAUUUCAAAUGUAAUUUUGACAUCUGGGUUAGUAAUAGACAAUAAAAAUCAAUUUUUUUUUUUAUUAAUUGACAUUUUUCAUUUGCUAUAUUGAUAUUUGAAUCAAUAUGCUAAAUUCAAACCUAUUGAAAAAUUGGACAGAAAUCAGAGUAAAGAUACAAAAGUACUUCGCACGAUGAGUGGAUCUCUGUUGUAGGUGAGAGGUUGAGAAAGUAGGGUAUAUAGGGGAGUUUAAUGUAUAUCUGAAUGCAACGAUUGAUCUUUGCUAAUGAAAAAUGUUUCUGAGCGGAGUUCAGUUGUAUAUAUUUUGAAAGAUUAAUAUUUAUGAUAUGAAAGUAUUACAUUUACCUGUUUCCCCCUCAUUUAUUAUGAGGGCCUCACUAAAAAACUCUUAAGACCCCAGUCAGGUUUCCUUUCAGAAAAAGUGCUACACUUUAAAAUCGGAGUAAAAUUGCUGGUAGAAAAGUUGUCCACAGAAAAAAUAAAUAAACAUCAUUCUAAAACCAGUACAUUUUACUGAGUUCUGCUCAGAAUCUAAAAUUAAUCUACAUAAAAUGUUUUAAACUAAUGCGUUAUGUAUUUAGUAUGUAUCUAAAAGAUCUUUCAUAAAUAAAUAACUGCAUUUUUUUUUUUUGUAAUUCAAUUAUAUUUUAUAAUUUCUUCUUUGAUUCACACUGAAUUCAUUUUUGAUUUGAAUUAUAUAAAAUUUUAAAUAUAUGUAACAAAUAUAACUAACAUGUUUUCCCCACUGUUGUUAUAUACAAAAACACAAAUUAUUAUAUAAAUUUGCUAAAACUAUUUUAACUUACAUUUAAUAUGAAUGUAAACAAUAUACAUUUUUUAUUUUGUAUACAUUUUAGUAACACUGUUUCUUAAAUCAAACAAUAUUUUUAAAAAAAAUCAUAUACAUAAGAUUUUAAAUUUCUUUUUUGAAUUAGACCAUUUUGUUUUAGGCUUUGCAAAGCAAGUUUUCCACGGUCUACAGAUAUUUUAUUUUUUAUUUUACAGCUAUACAAUUAGAACAAUAAAAAUAAAUUUAUCUAUUGUACAUUAAGUAAGAUAAUAGUGAAUAUUGGAAAAUAUCUAUUUCAAAGUCUAUAGUAAAGUUUAAAACUUAUAUUAUUUAUUAUUGUUAAUAUUUAAAAAUGUAGACUGAAAAUGAAUAGCUAAAAAAUAGGUAAAAAUAUUUGGAAAUAUAAUAUCUGAUACAAUGAUUUUUACCUAAAUUACAACACAAUUGUGGUUCUUGUUUUUUUUUUUUCAGAGUUUUUUCCAAUAUAAUUUUUCUCAAAUGAUAUUUUUUUGUAUAACGUGUAUGAUCCAAGUUCUAAAGUUCUAACUACCUAGACUUUAUAUAGAGAUAAGUGAUAUACUGAUAAAGUUGUUUUGUUUUAAUACAAAUAUAGAUAGUCUAGAUAUAUGUGCAUAUUUUAUACAACAAUAUUAGAUAAUACCUAUAUUGGCAAUAUGAAUUUGAAAAUAUUUGAAUUCUGUAAUAUUAUAAUUUUAGAUUCUGAGUAGUGAAAAAUGUAUUGGUUUUACUAAGAUGUUUAUUUAUUAUUUUUUUUUAUAAACUACAAAAAUUCUACCAGAAAUCUUACUCAGAUAUUUAUGCGCAGCACCAUUUCUGAAAGGGAAUGUUAUCCAGAUGGUACUUUUGGAAGGUCAUUCUUUGGUUUUCCAUGCAGUUUUCAUAAUAUCUGGGAAAAAUUAUAAUAGAAUAUAAGAAAAACUGAAAAUUUUCAAAAAUAUAGGUCUUAUUAUUUUUUAGUUUUGUUAUUUGUUGUAAUUCAGUUAAAAAUAUUCGUAAAGACUUGAAAUUUGAACAGAAAACUUUUCUACCAAAAAUCUUGCCCCAAUGUAUCAAUUAUAGCUUAUUUAUGAAAGGAAAUUUUAUCUCCAUGGUAACUAGGGGAGGUCAUUUUUUGAUUUUCCCAGCAAAUGUGAAAAGCUAGGAAAAAACAUAAAAAAAAUUGGUAAAAUAUUAAACAAAUAUUAUUAAAGAAAAUAUAUAUUGUCUAUUUAAUUAUUUUACCAUAAUAUGACAUAUAUUGUUGACAAAGCAUCAUUAUCAACUUAACUGUGAUCAGAAUUUUUUUUUUUCAUUUGCAAUGAUUUAUCGUUGUUUACAGAUAUACAUUAAAUUACCUAUAACAGUGGCUGUACCUGACCCUAUUAUCCUAGGACGUAUUACUAUCACUAUUGUUAUCAUUAUAAUUGAUAUUAUUACUAUUUAAAGGUCAUGAGUUUUAUGCAUAAAAAACUGACCAGGGGUUAUUUUUUAUAACUUUUCCACCUUGAGUAACAUUAUAGUCCAGAUUUAUAUUCUCUUAAAAUAUCAUGCACAUUAUUUAUAAACAAACUACAUAUUUUCUAAUAUUUUUUUUUAAAUAGAAAAAUCAUGCAAAAACAAUCAAUAUACAUCAAUAUAUGCUUUAUAAUAAAUAAUUUUUUUUAAUUUUUUUUUUAUCAAAAUGGUAAAAUAUAUAUUUAUAUGUAUACAAUAUAAUAGUUGUUAAAUGAUUUGAUAAAUAUUUUUUUCGGGUACAUUAAAAUUAAAAUUACAUUAAAUUAAUAUAAUUUUUUAGCAAUACAAAAUAUGCUAAAUAUACUGAUUAUUCUAAAUAUGAAAAAAAAACUUUUUCCUGUGAACUGUGUUGAACACAAUUUUUACUCACAUAAGACUGCAUAUACUUGGUCACAAAUCACAAUGUAUAAAAAUAUACAAAUCCGGACUCGUAUAUUGUCAUAUAUUGUUAUUAAGGUGAUUGCAUAACAUUAAUUUAUAUGUACAAUGUUGAUUUUUCGAGAAUCAUUUUUUUUUGGUUUAUUUCAACAUUGAUCCUAUUAUAUUAUAGAUCACCCAUCUCUUGAUUCUGAGUAGCGUCUUAUAACCUGGUAAAGUAGCACAACUCUGUGACUUAAACUAAGAAGGAUCAGUGAUUCACACCCAGGCCCUAAUUUGAUUAGAAAAUCCAAAGAAAUACAAUGUUUUUAUUAUUAUAAUAUUAUGUUGUAGCCAAUAUGAAUGUGAAUACUAUGUUAUCAAUAUAAUAUUCGUGUAUAUUUUGCCUACUAUAGUGAAAACAAUAUGACUUAUAGUUUUAUCAUUACUGUUAAUAACAUGGUUUUAUUCCUAACAUAUAUUUAUUAAUAAUGAUAAAAUGUGUAUUUAAUCAUACAUGCAGUCAUAUUUAUUUUCUAAUAUAAAAUAUAAUUUCAGUAGGGAGAGGGGUCCAUUAGAAAUUUCGUUCUAAGGCCUCUCUAAGUUAUGUCACUGAUAUAACUGCAAUGCAUUUCAUGUUAUCAUGCUGUAUGUUAUAUUAAGAUGGAUGAAGUCUGAUGUUUUUCAUAAUGAGUUACAAUUUAACCAGAAUUUUAACUGUAGAGUUAUGCUUAUAAAGUAAAAGUUGGUAUAUAUAUCACCAAAUUAUUAAAAUAGUAGUGGAAAUUCGCAUCCAGUUACCACAAACUUUUAAAUAAUAUAUAAUAGCCAUUUAUUAUAAAUAGGUCAGUGUUUCCUAAUUUUAUUGGUCUCAAAAUAUUUUUGAUGGCUUUGAUGAUCUGUUCAUAAACUUAUUACAAGAGAAAUAUCUUAACUAACAAAAAUAAAAAAAAUAAUUUUAUUGGUAAAUUAAUUAAAAAUGUUAUGUCUUUAUUUGAUACCUAUACAAAUGUAAAAUAAUAAUAUUAUAAUAAGUACCUAUUAUAUAUUUUAUAGUAAUUAAUUUUGUUAGUUUGAUUUUAUUACGAGAAUGAAGAAUUUGUUGUCUUUUCAGUAAAUAUGCUAAUAUGUUAAUUCUAUGAUUGCCAUAUUUAUUCAUGCAGUUGAGCAGUAAAAGAAAACUGAAAGUAAAAAUAAAAAUUUUUAAUUUAUGAUUAGAUACUUAUUUUAAAACAAUUCAAUUUUAGUUAAAACAUUUUAAUGGAUAAAUAUCCAUCAAUUAUUAUGCAUAAAACCACAACCAGUGGUGCAAAUAAAAAUAUAAGUGUCCAAAUAAUUUCAAUGAGGUAGUCCAAUAUAUCAUAAAUUAAUAAAUAUUCUAAAAAAAAAUUAUUAAUGUUGGAUAUUAUAUUAUAUUAUGUUAUACUUGAUUUUUUUUUUAUUUUGUAUGUGAAUCACCUACUACCCAACAAAGAGUAAAUUUGUGGGUUAUCAUAAAAAAAAAUGUUGAGAAACACUGAAAUAGGUAAUAUAUGCAGUUAUUUUUUUCUAUGUACCAAUAAUUAGUAUUACUUUGAAAAAAAAAAUGCAGGUCUAACCCAUUAAGUUUAAAAUGUGCUACAAGAUUUACUUUUUUUAUAUUUAUUUGCACAAAAAGAAAAGAAAUGCUAUUCUUAAUUGAAUUUAUUUAUGUUGAUUUUUCGAACUUUCUAAAAACCUUUAUAUCUAUGGGUUUUGACACAUAGUUUUGUAUUAUCAUAUUGUGUUUUAAAUAUAUAAACAAACAAGUAAUGUUUUACAUUUUAUUUGGAUUAAGUAACUGAAAUUAUCAUUAAACAGUAAAUAUAUUAUGUUAAAUUAACUUAAAUUUGAAAAAAAAUUAAGUAAAACAGUUUCUGAGGCACAAUAUGUUAAUAUAUUUAAGUAAAAAAGUAACACAAUAUCAUAAUUUAAAAUAAAAACAAUAUACAAGUAGGUUUAAUUAUUAUGUAUUGUUUUACUCAUUACUGUUGUACUCUGUAUUCUUCUAAUUGUCUGAACUCCAUUGCAAGCUGAUUUCGGUUUAGUUUCAUAUUCAAUUCAUUUGCUAUAAGCGCUUGUAAAUAUAUAACUUCUUUUAACUCACUUACUGCUUCUAUCAUGCGAAAACUCUCUGCAAUUUUGUUUAGUUUAUUAUACAUACAAUCCAAGAUCUCUCGAUUCUGUUCAUGCUCAUCAAAAUAGUUGACCAUCAUUUUCGCUUUAACAAUUUGUAAAUCUGUGUAUGCCUUGUCAAAUAGAUUUAUACCACAGUAUAUAUGUUCUUUGGUUUCUUGUAAUAAUCUUAAUGCUUUAUGAGGAAAAUCAUACUUCAUCAAAACUUUGGCUAUUUCAAUAUUUAUAAUUGCAGUCAUAUACUUUAAAUGAUAUUCUAUAGCCAUUAAUUUUGCAUCCAUAAGUAUGUUUAAUGCUGCACUUUCAUUGGCUUUUGCAAUAAUUAAAUAUGCUCGUAAUUUAAUUAUUACAGUAUUUUCAUCAUUAUUCUCUGUUAAGUGUUUAACCAUAUUGGUAGCACCAACAUAGUCUUCUUUUUUUAAAUAUAAUUCACCCAAUCGUAAUGCACUCUCUAUAAUGUUUACAGAGGCCAUUUGUUUUGCAGCGAAUUCCGCUUUUGGCCACUGUUCUUUAUUUAGAGCUAUGGUGAAAUUUAAAUACUGUUCAGCCAUUAUCCAAAAUUUGCUAUGUGUGUAUGGAAAAAUUUGAGCAACCUCAUUAAUUAAUAUGGGAGCAAGAUAAUAGUCUCCACGCGCAAUCAAAUCGUUCACAAUAUUACACAUAGCUAUACAUUUACUUUCCACAUUGUAUACGUCGUUAUUACAUUGAUCAUGUUCCAAGACUAAUAAAGAAUAUAUGGUUGAUAUUCUUUGAUAACCAUACGUGUUCCAGAUUGCUGCUUUUUGUACAUUAUUUGUCAUACGUAAAUCAGUUAAGCCGUUGAAAUAAUUGUAAAUUUCACUUUUUUUAAGUAUUUUGUGUACUAAUGCUGGAGUUUCAGCGUUUUCAACUAAAUAUUGAGCCAGAGACUGUAAGCUAAAGGAAGUAAUCUGAUGUAAUUCUAAUUCUUUACUUCUAGACACAGAACAUUUCAACAUAAUUGACUUAUUUUUUUUAUUCAAGGUAUACAUCCACAUGAGUGCGUACUGUAAACAAACAUGGUCAUUUACUUGAUGAGCAACUGCUAUGCUCUCUUUCAAAUAACUCAUAGCUUCUUCUUUAUGAUUAAAAAAUGCAUUCAAUAUAGCCAUGUUGAGGGAUGUGUAUCUAUAACCUCUACUUUUAUCAUCAGGAUUUGUAACCCUAAAAGUUUGACGGUUAAAAUAAUGCUGUACACUAUUCACAGCGCCACAAUAUUCUCUUACUCUCAAACAGUUAAGGUAGUUCAAGUAGUGAACAUCAAAAUGGUCAGGAUUAGCUUGUAGGAUAUCUUUUAGUUUCUGUUGCAAACUUGGUGGAUCAAGAGCAACUGAUUCAUUGAUUUUUAAAAGUUUAACUUGUUGUGCAAUAAAAAGUUCUACUUGUCGUGGAGACCAAGAGUUUACUUUAGUAUACUUACUAUUUAGAUAAAUAUGUUUUUGUUGUUCAUUAGGUUUGAUUAAUUUGAUUAGGUUAAUUAAUUCUUUAAGUUCAGGUUUAGGUUCAGAUUCUUUUUCACUUAGCACUGUUCUGUUGUUUUGAAAUUCCUGAAAAAGAAAAUAACCUAUAGGUACUUAACAUGUUCAAUAAUAAUUUUAAAAUAUCUUUUUUAUUCUAAGUAAUUAUUAUCUUACCGGAAGUUGGUUAAGUAUCUCGUUACAACAAUUUUUCACUUCUUUCAUUACUGCUUUAGUUUGUAAAAAUAACAUUUUAUCAAAAAAUACCAUUAUACGUCGUAGAAAUAUACCGAUUGGACUGCAAUUGUUAAUUAUUUUCAUUUGAUGUGAUUUUGAUAGUGAAUGUUCUAUGAUUUGACCAUCUAAAUUCUUAAACAUUGCUAUUAUAGCAUCUAGAUCAUUAUUAAUUAUUCGAUGAAGUUCUGAAUAGUAAGUUUUGAUAAAAAAUUUAGGUAAUUGAUAUUUUCCACAUGAUAUUAAAUUGUUUAAUUCUUCAAAUGUAAGAUCAGGGCAUUGGAUUAAGUGUAAGAGAAGCAUACUGAAUGUACGAUGGAACUUUGAGUUUACCGUUGUGUCUCUUGAAUUUUCUUGUGGAAUAUAAGAACCAUUUACAUAUUCUCUGAUGUAAUGUGUUAUCAUUAUUAUAACAAGAAUAUUAUGGGUUGUAAUAUUUUCUUGAAUCUCGUUUGCAGUUGUAUUUGGUAUGGCUGUACAAUCUCUAUUUGUCAUUUUUUUUCUUUUUAAUUUUCGUUAAAUAGAAAGUUAAUAACACUCAGAAAUAAAUACUACUGUUUAUAUUACUUAAAAAUACAUAAUUAAACAUUAAUUACCUAUUAAGAGUAAACGAUUUUUAUAUUAUUAUAAAAUACUUAGAUUUAAAACAAAAUUUAAAUUUUUAUGAUUUCUGUAUUUUCCUCUUAUCUUUCAUAACAAACUAGAUAAUAAUCAAAUAUACCGACAUUUUUAGGUUACUUCUACCGUGAUAACAAAUUCCACAGAGGUUAUAGAACAAUUUCGGCGGGAGACCUUAUUUUGUUUAAAUUCAGAAUGUAAACCGUGAAGCCGUGUAAUACAUUAUUUUACAAUCUUUUUUCUUAAAAAAAAAAAAAAAAAAGUUUAAUUGUGAAAUUUACUUUAACGUUUUAUUUAAUAAAAUAAAUACAUUUUAGAUUCUGAGUAGAACGUGGAAUGUUUUACAAUGAUGUUUAUUUUUAUUAGGAAAACCUUGGUCUUUAGGUUAAAUAAGAUUGAAAGAUUAAAAAUAAGGUUGUCAUUAGCAACCGUUGUUAUUUAUUUUUGUUAUUAUUAAAGUUUUAUUAUUUUAAUAUUUUCUAAACUAUCAUUUUUGUCAUGGAAACGCACAUUGUUUUAAUCAUUUUACCAUAAUAUGACAUAAUACCAUGUAUUGUAUUGUUGACAAAACAACAUUAUCAACUGAACUUUUACAAUUUUCUAAAAAAAUAACUCGUUAUCUGUAGUUACCUACAUAAUAAAUGGAACAUUUUUUUUUUUAACUAAUAACUUUAAAGAGGUAGUUUUCAAAAAUGAUGUGGGUGUCUUCAAAAUGUCAUCUAUAAGUUUUAUAAUAAACAAUUUAUCUCUAAAACCAAUUUUAUAUGUCUUUUUGUUUGUUUUAUGUGAACACGUUUUUAUUAUAUUGUAUGUUAAAAAGACAGAUUGCAAAUGUCAUGGACUUUUAAAAUUCUUUUAAAUAGUGGCAAUUUGCCUGGUGUGUAAAGUAUUAACAAUUUUUUUAAUUUGGUUAUUAUUUUCAGAUUGUAGUACCACCUUUACCUGGUAAAGCUUGGAAAAGACAAAUGCCAUUCCGAAAUGAUGAUGGGAUAUUCGAAGAAGAAUUUAUUGAAGAACGACGAAAAGGCCUAGAAGUUUUUAUAAACAAGUAAUAUUUUAGUUAAUAAUAAUUUAUAAACCUAAUUGAUUAAUUAAAAUAUAUUAAUGUACACACAUUUUGAUUAAAUUAAUUAUUGAUUAAUUGUACAUUAAUUAUAAUACAUAAUAAAUAUUUUAUAAUAUUACAAAUUCAAUAACCAUUAUCAGUAUUAUCAUUUAUAAAUAAUAAUUGUAUAUAAUACUAUUUAUACACUAUUUGAAUAUUAUUAUUUUAGAUAUGGAAUUUGUGAUCUAACUGUUACUUUACAAAAUAAUUUAAAUAAAACAAAAGGAGUAUUAAAUUUAAUUUUAAAUCAUUAUUUAGUGUUGAAUCAAUAAUAUUGUUUACAUUAUUAAUUAUGUUGUUUUAGAAUUGCUGGCCAUCCUUUGGCACAAAAUGAAAGAUGUUUACAUAUAUUUCUUCAAGAACCAGUUAUUGAUAAAUGCUAUGUGCCGGGUAAAAUAAGAAAUACUUAAGUAGGGAACUCAUUAACAUCUCAGUUGUCUUUUUAUAAAAUACAGUAAGCGCCAUUAUAUAAAUUUGCAGUCUUUUUUUUUAUCUAUUGUAUCUAUAUUAUAAAUACAGAAUACAAUAAAAAAAUAAAUAUAAUGACAUUAUAUAAAAAAAAUACAAAUCGAUAAGUUAUCACUUACUGUGUUUUACAAAUAAACAGCCGAUUUAACCAACUUCGACUAUGAAUGUUAUUUAUGUUCCAUCAAUCAAUUACUACCCAAUUUUAAAAUAUAAUUAAUCAUAUUGUUUAUCCCCAUAAUAAUUUACAAUAAAUAUCUUAUUUUUUUUAGUAAUUAAUAAUGUUAAUGAAUAUUGGUUAUUAUUGUCAUAUACAUUUUGUUUUAAUUUUUUAAAAAUCUCAUUGUACUCAAAAUUAUAUUUUGGAAUUAAACAUAACAACUCUAAAUGGAAUUGUUAUGUUACUUUAGUAUUCUCAAUUACAGGUACUCAUAUGUUUAUUGUUUAUUGGUUAGAUAUUAAUAUAUUUUAUUAUAAGUUUAGAAACAUACCUAAUAAAUUUAAUUACAAAUUA